UGUUCACGCCCUUGUACACCAUCAACACUACCAAUUUCACAUCCAGGAAAUUGGGGUUUUACAGCAUUAUUAAGAUGCCCAACUUGAGCUUGAUAUGGUGUGAUAAUAGCAAUUUGAGAAUCGCGAACACCAGCAUGCACCAAAUCUUGAACCUUCCGCUUAAUGAUCUCAACUUCAUUCUCAUUGUAUUUACUUCCUUCCUCUACUGCGCCCUUUUUCAUCUCUUCGGAGUCAAUUCUCUCGAAGAAGUCAUAUCCAUCUGUGUCUAUAAAGACCAACGGUGAGCUCAGCUCUACUUCGUCUUUUUCUGUAUCAUUGUCGACAACAUUAGGGAGUUCCAUUAGUGUGCGCUUAGAGACUGCUUCGUAUGCCGUUAAUUUACUGUUGUACAUUGCUUCUGAGGGGUAUUUCAUGAUCAUAUCGUGCAUUCUAUACUGUACGCUAAGUAGGCACUUGAUAGAGUUCCCGUGUAUUCCAAUCAAUCUCUCGAAAAGGGACUCCUCGAGGGAUUUUAACGGCUUCAAUGUUGGUUGUGUAGGUGCCACUCUGGAUAUCUUACUGGCGGCAUUUCCAUGUUCACUUAUGUUAACCUCAGCAAGCUUAUCAGAUAUUUCCUUCUCUUUCUUCGUUUUAGGCUCUUUUGGAAUGAUCUUCAUCCUUUCUUUCUUCUUCUGACCGGGACGAGCUAAAACAGUUGGGGGAAGCUGCAAAGGAUCACCAGCCUAUAUGGAUAAGUCAGAAAUCACCCAACUCAUCACAAUACUCACCAGGAUCAAUUUCUUUGCUUUAAGGACAGGUAUGAGACAACUUGGUUCCAAAGCCUGAGUGGACUCAUCUAUAACGCAAACAUCAAAUUCUUUUUGAUGCUGAAGUUGUCUACCACCGGCACCAUGCAGAGUACACAAGACAACCUUCGCCCGUGUCAUAAGACUAUUGAGAACCCCUAUUGAGCGCUUUCGGUGUUCCUUUCGUAAUUCUUUGACCUCAUUCCAGGCAUUCUUUCUUUUUAGCUUCCCCUUGAUCCUACCGUCUUUCAAAUCUUUCAUUAGGUCUUCUAACUCUUUUUUGACAUCUUUGACAAUCUCAUUCUGGUGUGAAUGUGAAGUCUGAUACUCGAGUGUCUGAGUUUGUAGGUUGUUUAGUAUACGCGCUGGAUGUCCUAAUCUAGUGACUGGGAUAUUAUAAACAGAUAACCUCUCUAGGAUGUUAUCGACCGCCAGAUUGGAUGAACCACAGACGAGGAUCCGCUUAUCUUGGUUGAUAAGUUGUCUGAUGAUCUCGAUAAGGGUAUAAGACUUCCCGGUACCUGGUGGGCCGUGAAUUAGGGCCAAAUGGUCAGCUUUGAGUGCCAAAUUGACCGCAUCUCUUUGUGAUUGAUUAAGAGUAUUAUCUAAGUAUUCGCUAGGUGAUUCUUGAAAGAAGGUGGGUUUCCUCAGACCAAAUAUAGUCUCCAUUAGCGGGUUCAAUUGGUUAGAUUGAUCGAUAGUGUCGUAUUUGUCUAUCGUUUGGAGCAAUCUAUUGUAGGUUGAUUCAUCCUGCAAUUUGACAAGGUAGAUAGGGGAUGGUAGAUCAAUUUCAUCCUUAUCGAUUGAGACUUGUAUGCGUCUGUUAUCUGCUGAGUAUACGACGCCCCUAAGAAGUUCUGUGUUCUUUGUAUCGACUAUAGCGGCUAGAUCGCCAUUUCUAGUAGCUUCAGAUGAUGAAAGUAGCUAAUAAAGAAGCUGCUCACCUGAAGUUCUGCUGCUGUGUGGUGACAAGACUGAGAAGCAACUUUGAGUUGAAUGAUAAGGAAAUGCUAGCCAAUUCGACAGAAAUUUUGCUAACAAUCUCAUUUUUGAUUUCCUCUAAUUCAUCCCUCAAUAAUCGCCUGUAACACUCCCAAACUUCAUCCAUCAUGUCUUCUGUAGAGAGUUUGAGUGAUAAAGAAGAAGAAGAAGUCUACAGCAGUUCAAGUGAAGAAGAAUACGACGAUAGUCAAAAUAAGCGGAUAAAACUCGCUAAGGAUUACCUCAACAGCAUCGAAGAAGACGACGUUGAGGGCACUUUGAAUAAGGAUUUGCUUGAGAAAUCUAACAAAGUUAAUAAAUACUUGGCUGAUCACAUAACACUCUCGACAAAAUCUUAUAAACAAAAGCUAACACUCACCCACUCAAUCCUCACUUUCUCUCGAAACGAAGCUUAUUUUGUCUACGCUUCCAAGGAUAACACAGUCACUCAGUUCAACUUUUCAACUAAGCAGAAGCAUAGACUACCAACCAGGAAUCCACUCUGCUUGGCCACCUCUCCUUGCUACAAGUGGCUAGCUGUCGGUACAGCUAACAAGAAGGUCGACAUAUACAACACACUCACCUCCCCAUUUUCUUUAGUGACUACUCUACCGGGUUUCAAGGAUGCUGUAUCUGCACUCGCGUUCAGACAGUCAACACCAACAGCGCUCUUUGCAGCCAGUUUAGACAGAACUAUCAAAGUCUACUCCUUCCCUUCGAAUCCACCUGAUAGUCCUUCAUACGUAGAAACGCUCUAUGGUCAUCAGGAUCAAAUUUACGACUUAUCUGUCCUCCGCGCAGACAUAGCAUUAAGUGUUGGGUGCAGGGACAAAACAGCCCGUUAUUGGAAAGUUGUCGACGAGUCACAGCUCGUCUUCAGAGGUGGCGGUAGAUCGAAGCUCAAGGAUAUGUUGGACGGUGCAAUCGAUUUUGAUGCUCAGGGUAUGGAAAUUGAUGGCCAGCAGCAGCCACAGAAAUCUACAACCUACGUAGAGGGUAGUCUUGAUUGUUGCACAAUGGUAGACGAUCAGCAUUUCCUUACAGGUGGUGACUCCGGUAAUAUUAGUUUAUGGAACACUGGUAAAAAGAAGGCAAUAUAUACUAAUUACAUAUCCCACGGCAUUCACCAACACCACUCUGAGACAGAGGGUAUUAUCAACCAACCUAGAAGCAUAACCUCAAUCAGGAGCUUGCCAUAUUCAGACUUAUUCGCCUCUGGAUCAUACGACGGUUGGAUUAGAAUCUGGAAAUUAGACAAACAGCUCAAAUCAUUCGAGAAAUUGACAGAAAUUGAAGCAAAGGGUUUCAUAAACUCAUUACAAAUAAUACAACCACCGAGAGGAAUAAUAAACUUAUCGAAUGAAGAACGAGAGACUAGUAAAAAAUCAACAGAUGAGCUGGUCAUCGUCGCUGCAACUGGCCAAGAACCACGGAUGGGCAGAUGGACAAAGCUGCCAUCGUCUCAAGCAAAGAACGCAAUAGUUGUAUCACAUACAAAAUUACAAUCUUAGAUAUUUCAUAAAAUGAUUAAUUUAUAACUUAUAUUUACAAACAAACUUUAGAGUGAAUUUUUUUACAAUAUAUUAGAGUUCAUCUACGAAUCUGAUCUUAGUACCGCCAGCAACCCUUUGUAUGAUAUCCAAUCUCUCAUAUUCGUUGAUGGUAUCCAUGAGAGAAUCUUCUGUGAAUCCCUUAGCCAGAACUCUAUCCCUGACAUCGCGAAGAUUGAGUUCGAGGAGUUCAUCCUCAUCUGCAUCACCUUUACCAGCUGCAUUGAUGCGACGGAGAUCUCUCAUUAUUCUCCAGAUCUUUGAUGUGGAUGUCAUAUCAUUGUCGGCACGGUUACCGUCUUUAGAUUCAUAGAGUGAGGCUUUGGAGACAUCCAGCAAGCGCAAUGCUUCAUCAACAUCUGCAGCUUCGACGACAUCCGCAAAUCUCAAUCUCGAGAGUGCUUGUGAGAGACGGAGGACACCCAAGAGUGUACGUGCUGAGGUAUAAGUAAAUCCU